AUGGCUAUGUUACCAGAGGCUAAGGUGUAUUUGAUCGCAAAUUCGGUAUUGGUGUUUGUUACGUUGUUGGUAGUUGCCCUUCGAGUUGUCUCCCGUGUUUUGGCCGGCUCAAAACUUGGUUGGGAUGAUUACUUCACUCUGUUGGCCGUGCCCCAGGGCAUUGUCAUGUUAGUGCUACAAGGACUUUGGACUGCCGCAGGUCUUGGCUACCAGUUGUCGGAAAUUGGUGACAACUGGACUUUUGUAGACUCGCAGAUUGCCCAGCUUUUCCUUCCCUUCGAAACCAUCUUCGGCGUCGUCAGCCUGACAACGAAGCUCAGUGUUCUCUUCUUCUACCUUCGAGUUUUCACCAGUCGACCUAUGCGUAUUGCGACUCGAUUGACCUUCGUCAUUGUCAUUCUUUGGGGCAUUGGAAAUGUCCUCCAGACUCUCCUUGUCUGCCACCUUACGAACGGAAAAUGGCACGCCACGAACAAAGAUAUCUGCCGCGAUCACGAGGCUAGCAUUCUAUCGACCGGACUUUUCAACUGCAUCAGCAACACCAUAAUCAUGGUCGUCCCACUGUACACGAUUUGGACGCUGCGAAAGGUCAGCGUCUCGACACGAUGGGGCCUCAGCGCGGUCAUGAGGAACCUGGCCGUUACAACAUUCUUGACUGUCCUCGAGACCCACUUGACGAUCCUGUGCAACAGUCUCCCAAUGCUUCUGCCAUUGUGGGCAUUCUGGAAACAUAGACGAUUUGAGACAGACGAGUAUGUAUCGAGACUCGGCGGUUCGACCCAAUCGGGCAAGCACGACCACCUGGUGGAGGAUCUUACGAACGGUAUACCACUCGAGACCAUGUACGGCAGCAACAUCACUCACUUCACGACAACGGUUGGAACCGGGGGCAUGAGAAGGGGUUCAGGGAAUGACGGUGACUCCGAUGUCUCGGAAACGGAGUCUACCCAAAGGCUUCCGAGGAAUGCGCAAGCUAUCACGAUUGAGACAAAAUGGUCUAUCAAGGAGGAGACAACGAAGUAG